AUGUCAGAGCUAAGGAAUCAGUCUGCCUAUUCUUAUCCUUCACCAGCUCAAACAAUUACAAAGGCAGACAUAACCCUUCGUGAAAUAUUGGAUACAUAUCGUGAAGACAACGAUUUGCUAAAACUAAUUUUAGCAACAAAGACUGAAGAGGACAAGGCAAAUAUGAAUAGCCCUUAUUUAUCUAUUCAACCACCAUUAGAUUCUCAUUUCUCUAAUACUACACCUACAAGUGCUACCACGCACUUUUCACCUCCACCAUCAGCUAAUAAUCAUAACAGUAAUCAUGUUCAUGAUCAUAUGUCAUAUGGAUCAACAACAAAUUCUCAAAGUCAUUCUUAUCAUCAUCAUAACAACAGCAACAACAACAAUAAUAAUACUUCUACUAGCAAUACAAGUCAAAAACCUUCACUCACGCUUUCUAUUCCUUCAUUUCCAAUCAUAUCUUCAUCCCCAACUGUUAUGCAUAGCCACCAUUCAUUUUCAAAUCCUAAUAGUAGUGUAGAACACCCUCAUUCAGCAUCUUCUCUAACCCACCGUCAUAGUUUUUAUUCACAAAGUCCAACUAGCGCAGUUGGUAGUAAACGCACAAGACCUUCUGAAAACGAGGUUGAUCAUGAGUAUGUCAUGGAGGCCAUAAGAGCUAAAGUUCAAAGAAACCAAGAACAUCCUGCAAAAAAAUUCAUGAAUGUAUUAAAACCUAGAAGUGCUAAUUCAAAAGCAUAA